CUCCGUGGAGACUUGGCCGUGUGGGGCCGUCGUCGAUGCCGGCGACUUUCGUUGCAGCCAGAAUGAAGUUUCUAUUGGAUUGUGAUCAAGGGUAAGCAGCGUUGUGCCUCGUCUGAGGAUGAGGCAGGAUUCCAUGUAGAAGAAUUUCCAGAGAUGGGAAGAGGGGUUGUGACUGACAUUCCUUUUAAAACUGGAGAUUUUGUCCUGGAAUAUAAAGGAGAGCUAAUUACUGGUGUUGAAGGUCGAAAACGUGAGGAGAGAUAUUCCGAAGGGCCAUCUUACCUGUACUUCUUCAAUUUUGAAGGCAAAGAACUUUGUAUUGAUAGCAGUGCUGAGACUAUUUACCUGGGGAGAUUAAUCAAUCAUCAAACUCCGGGCAACUUUUAUACAAAACGCCAUGUAGUAAAUGGGACACCACGAUUGUGGUUCCAUGCAAGACGAACCAUUGAACCAGGGGAACAGCUCUUUUACGAUUAUAAAGAGGACCGAGUGGAGGUGUUGAAGAAAUUACCUUGGCUAGCCCCUACAAGCCAAAAGAAAACUACAAAAAAAAAGAAUGAAGGCACUGCCACUGCUUCAACUGAAGUGAGCCAAGACUCUGCCACUGCUGUUAAUGCAUUUUGGGAUUCCCUGGGAUUGGUUCCAGCACGUCCCAAUGCUCUUGUUAAGUCAAAACCAUCAAAAGUUUCGUCAAAAGCUGAGUGUCGAACUAAACCAAACCCUGCAAAAGCUUCCGUAAAGCAGCUCUCUGGUUCUAAAGGUGCAUCCAGUGAUCAAAUAGUGGAAGCAGCAGAGACAACCACUGCUCUGCGACACUUGUCUUCAGCAGAUGUAUCUGUGUUAGAUCUUCAGGAAAGCACUACUCCGCUUGCCAUUUCCAAAGUUGCAUCAAGUGAUUCUGGGCAAGAAAGUAUGCCAUCUAAUGAGUGUUCAUUGGCUGCAUCAACUUCUCCAGUGAGUGCACCAAACGUGCCAAAUCCUUUAGUAGCUUCCCAUGAACCUCUUGCUGAAAAGCAGCUCUCCAGUAUUGAAGGUGCUUCCAGUGGUCAAAUAGUGGAAGCAGCAGAGACAACCACUGCACCUCCACACUCGUCUUCUGCAGGUACAUCUGUGUUAGAUAUUCCGGCAAGCACUUAUCCACUUGCCAGUAUCAAAGUUGCAUCAAGUUAUUCUGGGCUAGAAAGCAUGCCAUCUAAUGAGUCUUCAUUGGCUGCAUCAACUUCUCCAGUGAGUGCACCAAUUGUGCCAAAUCCUUUAGUAGCUUCCCAUGAACCUCUUGCUAAAAAGCAGCUCUCCAGUAUUGAAGGUGCUUUUAGUGGUCAAAUAGUGGAAGCAGCAGAGACUACUCCAGUCAGUCCACCAAUCGUGUCAUAUUCUAUAAUAGCUUCCCAUGAACCUCCUUCUGAAAAGCAGCUCUCUAGUACUGAAGGUGCAUCCAGUGAUCAAAUAGUGGAAGCAGCAGAGGCAACCACUGCUCUGCCACACUUGUCUUCAGCAGAUGUAUCUGUGUUAGAUCUUCAGGAAAGCACUACUCCCUUUGCCAUUUCCAAAGUUGCAUCAAGUGAACUUGUGCUUAAAGUAUCUUCAGGUGAUGAGAUUAAAGCCAUGGCUGAAUUUUCUGAGGAGAUGAAAGCCAAUGGUGAUUUUUCUGGGGAGAUGAAAGCCAACGGUGAUUUUUCUGAGGAAAUCAAAGCUGAUGCUGUACUUCCUGAGGAGGGGAGUAGUGGUCAAUCUUCUGAUUGUCUUAAUUCUUUUCUAAGCAAGUAUUCUCGAGGAUUUAACAGAAGUUUGCCAUCGAAAUGUUGCAAUAUUGAGAACGGAAGAGGAGUAAUAGUUCCAAGGUGGUUUGAUAAUGUUUGUUCUGAAUCUGCGUUAUUGCUCAAAAGAUCUGAAUGUAAAUGCCUGUCAAGUGGUAUUGUAGUGGAAUCAGAAAGAGCUUCUUCCCCUCAACUCACUUUUGCAGCACCUCCAAUGAGCACGCCUCAGCUUCCCAGUGUUAAAGUUGCACCUAAUGAGUGUGUGAUGGAAACUAAUUCAUCUGAUGACACAACUGCUGUGAACACCACCCAUUUAUUGUCUGCAGCUAAUGCUAAAAUUGAGUCAAACUCUACAAUGCCCUCCUGUCCUCCUGCUGCAUUAGUCCAGCUUUCAAAUGUUAAAGGUGCAUCCAGUGAUCAUGUAGUGGAAGAAGCAGGAACAGCCUCUGCACCUCCACUCUCUUCCUCACCAGGGCUAUCUGUGUUAACUAACUAUAGACCUAAUCGUCAAGGCCUGUCAAGUGGUAUUGUAGUGGAAUCAGAAAGAGCUUCUUCCCCUCAACUCACUUUUGCAGCACCUCCAAUGAGCACGCCUCAGCUUCCCAGUGUUAAAGUUGCACCUAAUGAGUGUGUGAUGGAAACUAAUUCAUCUGAUGACACAACUGCUGUGAACACCACCCAUUUAUUGUCUGCAGCUAAUGCUAAAAUUGAGUCAAACUCUACAAUGCCCUCCUGUCCUCCUGCUGCAUUAGUCCAGCUUUCAAGUGUUAAAGUCUCUUACAAAUAUUUAACUUAG